AUGGAACACAUGCUCGAUGAACUCCAGGAGGAGGAGGUCAAGCGCGACGAGAACUUCAAGGCCAACGAAGAGGAUCGCGAGACCAUGUUCAGGAACAACGAAGCACGACGCGACGAGGAAGCACAAGCCCGCCGCGACGGGAUCUGGGAUGAAUUAGAGCGACGUCUGGGCACUAUGCCCGGCAUGACGGAGGGUGCCUUGCCUGUCCCCCCACCGGGCACGUCGGUCCUCGGAGAUAUGCCAGAACCAGAGACUGCUCUCCCUCCACUUGGGGAGCAGCCUCAGCCGGUCGUCCCCGCGAGCACAGCGGAGACAGAGCUCCUAGCGGCGUCGAUGCUCGAGGCUGCCACUCGUCACGCCGAAGAUAUUCGUAACACCGUCGACAAGGAACGCGAGGAGCUUCAACGAGAGCGAGAGGCGGCCCAAGUCGAGAGGGAGCGUGCUCAGGCCGAAGCGGCGGCAGAGCGCGAACGCAUGCACGCAGAGUAUCAAGCCCACAUACGUGCCCUGGAAUCGGAACUGGGCGCUGUACGCAAGGAGCUUGAGGAUGAGAAGAUGGCAAGGGAGGCGGAAGAGGCGGAGCGGCGGGAGACCGAACGGGCCGAGAUGCUGGAGCGCGACGAGGCUAUGCGGGCUCAGCUUGGUGACAUCACGAACCUAGUGUCCGAGCAGCGCGACGAGCUAGCACGGAAGCGCGAGCUCACUGACGAGCGUUGGGAGUUCAAGCAGAAUCGCUGGGACCAGAAGGACGCCGAAGACGCUCAGACACGCAACAUGCUUCAGCAGAUUCUGGAAGGGCAAUCGGCAAUGCUGGCGGCACAGGAGCAGUCCAAAGCAGACCUCUUGGAUGAGAUGCGAGCCAAUCAACGAGCUGCGCUAGAGGCCAUCGAGCAGCAGCGGGUAGCGUACGAGGGUACCAUUCGAGACAUGGCGGAAGCAUGGCGUGCCGACUGCGAGCAACGCAAGCAAGAAACCAUCGAAGCUGUGAAAGCCACAGCACACGAACAAGUGCCGUACAAUGUGCAAGGCUACCUCGAUGAGUUCAGCCGGUCGUUGGCGACCGAAGUUCGCAUGCUGCUGAGCGAAGUCGGCAAGCUGCGUGAAGACAAGCGUAACCUCGAAUAUGCAAUCGGCGAGCUUCUCCAGUUCAAGUCGAAGUAUGGCCCUGGAGGCGAAUUCGACCCCGGCUGGAAACCCGCCAUGACUUGUGUUCCUACUGACGGAGCGCAACCGGAGCCGGCGCCAGCUCCAGAGCCCGAGCCUGAAAUGCCCCAGCCAGCACCUAGCGCGUGGAGGUCUAUCAAUACCCGCGGAUCCCGACGUAGGAGACCGGCUGCUGCUGCCCCUCCCCCUCCCCCACCGGAGGCGGUACCGCAGACGCAAUCGUGGGCGACCUGGCUUCCGAACCCUGCGUUCCAGCCAUCGCCCCCUCCCCAGCAGGUCGAGCACCUCCUGGCACCCCCUCAGGGCAGCCCCGGAUUGUUUGGACCUCGCUCGCCUCGUGACUCAAUACAUCGUGGUUGA